UUUUCAUAUCCGGGUGACAGAGCUGAGCAUCAACGUGCUGGUCCCCAUGUUACUGAACUAACCAGCAGCAGUUAUGCCUUUAAUAGUAAUGUGCGGAUACCCGUGUAGUGGUAAAACACUGAGGGCAGAAGAACUGAAGGCGCAUUUUGAAGAGACCACCGACCGACAGGUUCACAUUGUCGGAGACCGAGCUCUGGGCGUUGAUAGAAACAGUGUUUAUGCAGAUUCCCAAAAAGAGAAAGAUACAAGAGCAUCUCUAAAAGCUGAAGUAGAGAGGAAGGUCAAUAAGGACAACAUUGUAAUUUUAGACUCAUUGAAUUACAUAAAAGGUUACCGCUACGAAUUGUUCUGUCUGACUAAGCAUGCGCAGACACCGCACUGCCUGGUGCACUGCUUGACAUCAGGUGAAGAAAGCUCAUUGUGGAACAAAAACAGAGAAGCUGCAGAGCAAUACAGUCAGGACAUCUUUGACGGGCUAGUUCAGAGGUUUGAAGCACCAGACUCGAGGAACAGAUGGGACAGUCCUCUCUUCACUGUCCUCAAAGACGACGUUCCUCCUCUUGAAGCCGUUUCUGACGCGCUUUUUAAGAGAAAAGCCCCCCCGCCUAAUCAGUCCACCCAGAGCCAACCCCUUUCCUCAACAAACUUCCUGUAUGAGUUGGACAAAAUCACACAGGAUGUUUUAAUGGCAAUUUUUAACGCCCAGAAAACAAGUGUCCCUGGAGACCUUAUCUCAGUCCCAGGAGCUACAGAAAAGGUGGAGCUGACCAGGACCGCCAACAUGGCCGAGCUGAGGAAACUACGGCGCCAGUUCAUCAGUUACAGCAAGAUGCACCCGACGGAGAAAACGGGGCAGAUUGCCAACAUGUUUGUUCAGUAUUUAAAUAAGGGCCUUCAUUAAAUUAAAUUAAAGAGCUGGAUGGGAUUUUUUUUUUUUUUUUUUUUUGCUUCUUGACAAGUGCAGAUGUUUAAAUGUAUUGCUGUAUUGUCUUUAGCUUGUUUUUUUUUCUUUUUAAAUUAAAAUAAGGUAUAAAUUGAUUUGAGUACUUCUGUUUAUUAAAUGAAAGUGCAAAAUUUAGCUAUAAAGGCUAAUUAUCUGCUAUACUUAGAUGAUUGGAGAGGCUGGGUGUAAAUACUUCACAAACAUAAAUGCAUGAUUAUGAAUGCAUGAAACAAGUUUGAGGGGUGUCUCAUAUUCACCCGACAUGAGAUAGCCUCACGUCACUGACCCCUGUUAUGCUUGUUUUAUGUUUGAUUUUUAGUUUGAAGCAAAAGGUAUAAAAUAAGAUUUAUUUAUUAUCACUCACAGAUUAUGCAUCUUAAUCACUUUAAAACCAUAAACACAUGGCAGCUAUCAAGACCAAAAGUUAAUGCCACUGAGAAACUAGAUUUGGAAGAAGAAAACUCAUUCCCUUAUUACAGAGAGAUGAAAUCAGAACCAAUAAAUAUUAACUAAUAAACUGAAAUCUGUUUCCUGUAACAAUCUAAGACACUUUGUCUCCCAAAUCUGAAUUAAAAAUUUCAAGAACUUGAGCUGUUUUUUUAAUAUAAACUGCACAGUGUCAAGUUGUAUAUUUUAGGGUCAUCCAGCCUGGUCUGGCACCAAACGAAUGCAUGGGAAUUCACUUUCAGGUUAGAGACGGGAUCAGUGAUGUUCUGGGCCCUUUUCUCUGUUUUGUUCUGGGAACUCUUUAACAUCUGAUGGGCUCUGCUGGUAAACUGAGAAUGAGUCUUCAACGUGUCUUCCAGAUAGGUAAUUAGAACAAAUGGACAUUUAAAUUAACAAUUAAAACGGAAAAGGUUGUUAAGCCACAACAUAAUCCUUCCAUCGCCUCUAAGUCUUACUAAAAAUCAUUCUGGGCUCAGCUUAAGGAGAGCUCAAGAGAAGUCUGGGAGUGAUACAAAAAGAUUGUACAAGAAAAUAAUGGUUAAAGACCCGUCUGUAUGAUCCGACGUAAAAUGUCACAGGAGAAAAUAAACUGUUGUCUUAUUAGAAAAAGUGGAGCAGAGCGACAGCUAACUGUAACUACUGAACUGGAGAGUUUCAAAUCUUACUUUCUAGUAUAUAUUUAAUAGUAUAUAUUUGCAUCGAUUCUAAAUAAUGUACUCAUUAAAAAUUCAAUCUUCCAACAUUUUUCUCUGAUUUGCUUCUGCAGUGAAAGAUGAUUUUCAUUUAAGGCAUUUACAAUUUUCUAUAUGUAAUUAUAUUGAGCCACAUCAAUUUCAAUUUUGAAUUAUUUGUGUCAGAAAACUCUUCAUUAACGGGAUUCAUGAGCAAAAUCUUCCUGAAUAAAAUUCCUUCAACAUUUGAGYCUUUGUGUAAGAAG